AUGUCAGCACAAGAACAACAAGAGCAAGAAUUGGAAGCGCUCGAAGCAAUUUAUUCAGAAGGCGAACUUGAAAUUCUAAAUCGAGAAUAUCCGGAAAUCAGUCUGCAAAUCACACUGAAAUCAAAUCAGGUAUGUUUUUUAGCUGUAAUUUAUUUAUUUAUUAAAAUGAAAUUAAGAAAUCGUUUUACAGUUUGGUGAACCUGAAGAUGACGAUUUUACAGUUGAAUUGGGUAUAAAAUUCACUGAAAAUUAUCCGGAUGAGAUUCCUGAAAUAACAAUUGAUGGAAUUGAUGAGGAAUUCGAGGAGAUUCGCAUUUUUGAAGCGAUUGAAAAAAUGAAAGCGGUUGCUGAAGAGAAUUUGGGUAUGGUUAUGGUAUUUGCGAUAGUUUCAGCAAUGCAAGAAGAAAUUGGCGAAUUAUUAAAUGUGAAAAAGGCUGAGAAAGAUAAAGUGCUGGAAAUUGAAAAAGAGGCAAAAGAGGCGGAAAGUCGCAAAAAGUUUGAGGGAACUGUUGUGACGCCGGAUAGUUUCCGCGCUUGGAAGGAGAAAUUCGAUGCGGAGCGAAAGGCGGCAAAUGAGAGUGCGGAAAAGGAGCGAUUGGCUGCGUUGGCUGGAAGAUUGACGGGAAGACAAUUGUUCUUGAAGGAUGCCACGUUGAAUUUGUCGGAUAUGACAUUGAUUGGAGCACAGGAUGAGGUGGAAAUUGAUGAGUCACUUUUUGAUAAUGAGGUGAGGUUUUGGUUCUAAUUUUCAUCAGAAUUUUCGAUUUUCGCUAAAUUUAUCAAAGUUUGUUAGAAUUUUAUGAAAAUUCUCAGAAUUUCUCUUGAAGUUUGAGAAAUUUAGCUGUAAUUCAUAUUCUGGAUGUUUUUUCAGGGGAAAAUUAGUUUUGAUUGAGGAUAAUCCAGAUUACAGCUAGAAGCUCAGAUUUUGACUGAAAUUCAGAUUCUAAGUUCAAAAAUCAACGAUUCUAGACGUCAAAGUCGAAGUUUCGGCCGAAAUUCGAGUUUCAACAAAAAAUUGAUUGAAAUUCAGAAUCCAGACUUUUAAAUUAGAAUUUCAAUAUGAAAAAACCAAUUUCACAGCUGGAUUUCCAACCAAAAAAUUUCAGAUAACUUUUUUGAAUGUGUUCUAAGCUCUCCUCAAAGUGUAUCUUUUUACUUCUUCAAAAAAAAAUUCCACAUCUGUCUGCCCAUUUAAAAAAAAUCGAUUUUCUCAGUGACUACAUUUAUCCAAAGUUUUCGCUCACUUCCUCUAUCUAAUUUAUUAUUAAUUUCUCAAUUUUUCUCAGGAAUUCGAAGGAUUGGACAUCGAAUCGGACGAAGAAGAAGAAGAAGAUUAG